GGCCUUUUGCUCCGUGAACUAACUUCCGCCACUCACAACCGUUGAAUCAGAGAUGAAAUUUUAUUUGCUAGUGCAGCUGCAUUCCAGAAGGCCCCAGCCCCCAGUGAACAACGAGGCCGGUAGUUUAGAAAGAUAGCGCCAUGGCACGACCAGCGUGGUGGUUACUACAUCUUUGGUGUUGUGGAGAUUUGCGACAGUUGUGGGAUGGAAAUGCAUGUCAUUGCGUCGAGAAUGCUAUCCACACUUCUCCUCCUGAACAGCGGUCACUCCCAGAAGGGUGAAGGCUAGUGUGCGUUUGUCCAUGUCUCGGAGACCUCUUCAUUGAACCGCGCGCAUCUACUAAAGUUCCAGCUGAUCUCGAAGACGUGAAGCGGAACAGGCGAAAUCACUGACUCAAAGAAGGAGUCAUCGACUCUUAUUGCCAGUACCCCGAAUAUUUUAUCGCCUGCACCCGAUAAGAAAUGCGCUAAGAAGUAUAUCCGGGAUAGAACCAUGGUCGUAUUGUUCUAGCUGGCACUGAGUACAAGGCUGUUAGUGGAGUCUAUAUUUUACAGUUCGUGGUGCGACGAACGGAACGACGGAUACGGCACGCUGCCACUGCCUGGAAAACGACACUGCGCACUGCUGGAUGCGCAGAGGGGUGGAGUUGACAUGGAUCAGCGCAGGUACACACUCGUAGUGGUGGUGGUGGUCCUGGGAGUUGUAACAGCCUUGGUUCGCGAUGUCAACUGCAUCUGCUCGCCAUGGCAACAUGUACAGAAGAGUGGAACUAGCCAGUGCAUUCUGUCAUGUGAUCCUUCUCAAGCAGCUGCCACUGUCACUGACCCAAUGGACAGCGAUGACAAGCCAGCACAUUCAGACAAUGGCAGUGCACACACCCUAGCACCGUCAGACAAUGGCACCGCUACACGUACCGUUAGACAACCGCCACCCAACAGCACCACGUACGUCUUCUCAGUAUAUCCUAUCAUACAAGCCUGCCGCAGUGAACCGUUUCUACCCAGUACGCUGACUCUCACCACCAGUAAGAGAUGCAAAACACAACUCAGCAUUUGGCACAUGAAUGCUGACAAUACAUUCACAGUGAUUGCGGUCUCAUCGCGAAUUCUGCAUGCAUGUGCAGAAGACACAUUAGCCAGUUGCUCGCCAAGUAUAAGUAUAACAGACCUGGACUUCACGAAAAUAGGCAAUGUUCCGGUCACAUUUGGUGCCAUCAUAGCAAGUCAAAAUUAUUCCACUUCUAACCUCAGCAUCGGCAUCACAGUUCGUCGUGCGCAGAAAUGCAAGGGAAUCCACUACAUACAAUCAUCACAAAACAUCUCGUUUUUGAAUCAUGGCCACCACUGGAAGGCAGAACAUUUUGGCAAGUCUGUGAAAAUGGAGACGACUCAUGAAGUUCCAAGCUUUCAUCUUGUCCUCUCGUACGGAGCAACACAGACCAAUAGUACUGUCAUCAGCAAAACCACUGAUCAGCCGUCUACAUUUCACACCAGCACUCGACAUGCAACUUUUACACCAUCCCGGCAAGAGGAAAAACAGCAGAAAAGUUAUCCUGUCACUAAAUUGGCCUCGCAAGCCGCAUAUCCAAUGCCAACCAGUACAGCCGCUGCUAACACACCGCCACCAUGUUCUGCUCAGCUGCCAUGCGAUGCGACGCGCACACAGGCAGUUCCACGGCCAGGCCGCCAGUCAUCACCUCUACCGAAGUCCGAAUCACCUGACACACACCAGAUGCCAACAUCGACUUCCCUACAUGUUCGAAUCUCAUCAACACUUCAACCGACUUUGGAUGAUGCAGGAAGUGAUUUAGGAACGGGAGAUGGCAGCGACUUACAACAGAAUGGUGGUAGUGACACGACAAAGGUGGUGUAUGUUGGCGCACUGGCAUCCAAAAGCUUGAUGAUUGCUCUUAUAGGCCUUGUGAUAGUGUUCAGCUUGGCAACUGGAGUUUGCUCCACACUGCUACUGCUGAACUGGUUCAAGUCAAGAUCCGGCAAUGACUCGACUGAUAGUGCGUGCAAAUCAACACAUUCAAUCCGGUCCAAGCUCUCCCCUAAACCCAACCGUACCACGACAUUCGCCAUUCCCGUGCAGAGUGGCUGCAAUGGCCAUGAGAACUCAGCCGGUGACGUGCAAGACACAGCAACCAGUAAUGCAUGGCAAGCUGAAGUCGGUGUGAUGGCGAGUGACUACAGCCAACCCAUAGUAGCAUCCGACAGUACCUUAGCCACAGCUUUGCCACCAGUCAGUCACAGCUCUGCAUUGACGAAGCCACAGACUGCGGCAGAGACACCUAAAGCGCACGCUGUCCUCACAGCCACUGACUCACAGGAUGAAAGUGACUAUAAGGUGCCAUUUGAAACGAUCAUAUCCUCACGCAACAGCAGCAGCAAGAGACGAAAGUGCUCUCUCCCAGGUGAACCCAGCAGCACGGCUCCACCACAAGCAGCUUUGCUCCAUGAUCUCUAUGCACACAUUGAUGAUGUACUGAAUAUCGACGCUGGAACAGAAGAGCAGCACCAAUCACUGGAUUUCUCCCUAUCCGUCCAGUCAUCACAGCACAAUAUCACAUCGCCAGGAUCAAGCAGCAGAGAUGAACACUCGUCAAGAAGUUCGGAGCAUUCAUCGGGCUGCAAUUCCAGUAAUGUUUGCGAGAGCCAGAAAGACGGUAGUGCGAACAUAGCCGCUGCUGUGGUGCCAAUUUACUCCUCUCCAGUGUUAAAAGUUAGGUCAGGGUAAGACCGGGGGUGUCUCAUGCCUUGUUCACGCCAUGUUGCGUGUCAUUGCAAGUAGGUUAUGAGUGGUAUAUGCAUACACAUAGCCAUGGUGUGUGUCAUGAUCACUGUCUUCACUAUACCUGAGCAUUUCCAUCAUGCAACCAUCCAUCCUUGAGGCUGUCUACUUGCACACACUACCUGCAGAUGACCAGGGCUUCGUUGAGCUUGAAGCGGGCUCUCCAUACCAAAGCGUGUGGUGGUAAUAGUGGUGGAGGGCUAACUGUGAAUUGCAUAUUGCUACUUUAUCAACUCUCUCCUUCUCUUUCUCUCACCCUCUCGCUCUUUCUCUCUCUCACUCACUCUCAUUCUCUUUCUCUCACCCCCCCCUCUCUCUCUCUCUCUCUCUCUCUCUCUCUCUCUCUCUCUCUCUCUCUCUCUCUCUCUCUCUCUCUCUCUCUCUCUCUCCCCCCCCCCUCUCUCAAUCACUCUCUUUCUCUCACCCUCUCUUUCUCACACACUCUCUCUUUCUCUCAAAAUGUUAGGAGCACUGUACAUGUGCAAGCUACUAGUAGUGUGCGCACAUGAUGCUUGAAUAUGCCUCCAACAGCCCUGGGCUUGCUGAUGACGAUACGCUUUUUGUAUUUUUAAUUCUGAGUCUCUGUAGUGCAUGACAUUGUCCGAAAUCACUUUCUUGUGAAGCGUGAUCAAGUGGCAUUCAGGCGAUAAGUCUGUAUUGUACCAUAAGCGCAUUGCACACUGUGACCAUCACAGGAUCCAGUUUCUUGAUUGUGAUUUUACAUUGAGUUUUAUUUUUAUGUUACUGAGAGAUAAUCACAAGCUCUCUUAAAGUCCUGGGAUCGGUGACUGCUUGCUUGCCUGCUUGCAGUUAUUCCAUUGUUUCAUUCAUUAUUUCUACCACUGCACCUCUCCUUGCUUGGAUCACUUGCUCUCUUGUCAAUCACUGAAAAAGUGUGGCAUCUAUCCACAAGUGAAGUCCUGUGGCGGUGGAACUUUCUCUCCAUAUUCGAAAUUCUCACAGUGCCGCAAUAGAGCUAGGUGCCACCGAACACGGAUGACUGGGUGUUACCUUGGUAAUG